AUGGAUGAAUUAUUUGAAUAUAUUGAUGGAAAUAUUUUUGAUCCAUUUAAUUUCAACUCUCGAAUAAAUAAUUGCGAUGAAGCACAAAAAGGUGACAGUCUGAAAAUGGAUACAGAUUUAAUAACAGUUGAGCAUUCUUCUAAUGAUUCUUAUAAAACAUCAGAUGAUUUGCAUGGUGGUGGAGAAAUAUAUUACAAAAUGAAUUCUCUUGAAUAUGCAUCCAGUCUAAAUACGUCUGAUGGUUCUGAGUCGUCUUCAAUAGGUAAAAUUCCAUCGCCUUUGAAUGAAAAUAAUGACGAUGCAGAGUUUUUUAAUGCUGAUGACUGGAUAAUUGACGGUACUUCAUCAUCGAAAAUUCGGCCUCCAAAAUUAUGUGAAUAUCUUCGUUUACUUCUUGAUAAUCCACGCUAUGCUUCAUAUGCAUCUUGGAUAAACAAAGAUGAAGGUUUAUUUAAAAUUCAUAAUCCACCAAAAGUUGCUAGUCUUUGGAAAAGGGUUAAAAUACGGCAAACUCAUGGAUUAAUGAAUUAUGAGACUUUUGCACGUUGUAUGCGGUAUUAUUAUAAGUCCGGAUUAAUGAUUAAAACACAUAGAAGACAUACAUAUCGUUUUGCUCAAACAUAA